GGCAGAGAGGGCGGGAGGGGAGGGGAGGAGAGGAGGUGCGGUGCGGUGCGGUGCGGAAGGGGAGGAGGAAGGGGUGGCGGUGCUGGUGCUGGUGCGAGGAGCGAGGCCAAAACAAACAGCCGCCAUCACAGCGCCCAUUGAAGUGAGCCGGAGACGGGCAGAGUGGAGCCGGACAAAGUGGCAUCGAGUGCAGAGUGGGGGACGCUCCCCGCCGGCCCGCGGCCUGAAUGAUCGUACCCGCCGAUUGACUCUCCCUUUCCACCGUGCCUCGAUUACACCUGAGAGAGUUUGGUGCUUUCCUGCGUGUUGUGCUCUCGGGGGUUCGGAGGAAGACAGGCCCAGGGAAGGAUUUAAAAGCCAACUCGCCUGCCGCCACCUCCUCAACAGCACGGACAUGUCAUCCCCAAGUCCUGGGAAGAGACGAAUGGACACCGAUGUGGUCAAACUUAUUGAAAGCAAGCAUGAAGUUACCAUACUCGGUGGGCUGAAUGAAUUUGUAGUCAAGUUUUAUGGACCACAAGGAACUCCCUAUGAAGGUGGUGUAUGGAAAGUUAGAGUGGACCUACCAGACAAAUAUCCUUUCAAAUCUCCUUCCAUAGGGUUCAUGAAUAAAAUUUUCCAUCCAAACAUUGAUGAAGCGUCAGGAACUGUAUGCCUAGAUGUAAUUAACCAGACAUGGACAGCCCUUUAUGAUCUCACCAAUAUAUUCGAGUCGUUCCUCCCCCAGCUUCUGGCCUACCCAAAUCCAAUUGACCCUCUCAAUGGAGAUGCCGCAGCGAUGUACCUCCAUCGACCAGAAGAGUAUAAACAGAAAAUAAAAGAAUACAUCCAGAAAUACGCAACAGAGGAGGCACUAAAGGAACAAGAGGAAGGAGCUGGUGAAAGUUCAUCAGAGAGUUCCAUGUCUGACUUCUCCGAAGAUGAAGCCCAGGAUAUGGAAUUGUAGUAGUGUCCCCAACCUCUUUCAAAGAGACAGACUAUAUAAUUUCCUAACCAUUGAAAAGCAGACUAUAAUAUUCAUAUUUAAAAACAAAAGAGCAAUUUUUUUUUAUUACUAAAACCAGGUUUUUAUGGAUAGCAUUGGUAUAUUAUUGCCCUGGAUUUUUUUUCUCUCCUUGGUCAUUGCUCCAACUUGAGGUGCAUCUUACCCCACAUUCCAAUGGUAGCUAUGUGAGGCCCAAAUGCAUGUUAUCACAUAACCUUGGUAUUCCUAACUCAUAAGUAUUUUGGCCCCCAAAUGGAAGAGAGCAAGAAAAAGAGAGCGGCGGAUUGGUGAGAUCAGGAUAUCAAGCAAGCAAGAACAACUGCUUACCCUGUCUGUAUCUUGACCAGAAAAGCAGCACUAGAGAGAACAAAGUUUCAGUGAAAUCGAAGCACAAUGGAAGGUUUACUAGGCAGAAGAAAAACUAAUUUUAUUUGCUCUGCAUGUUUUUUGUUUCUGUUUUUCCUCGUGAAUAAAAUUGGACGUACAGAUUACAACAUCCUUUUUUUAUUGUGGCAUGAUAUGGAAGAAUACAACUUGUUUAGGACUUUGGUUCGUAAAGCAGAUUUAAUUAUAAAACAAAACCUAGUGUUUGUGGCUUAACCUGAAGGAUAGUAUUAAGUAAUUACUAGGUAGUGGUGAACUUGAUUACUCUAAUUAGCACGUUGUAUUAUUAUUGGGGGAAUACUUGCCAGCACCCUAUCUUGCGAUAUAGAUUUUUUUUAAAUGCCUAUUGCUAUGUGCUGACUUAUACCUGUUUGACUUAUUUAGGGUUAGUUAGUAUGCUCGCUGGUGAUUUCAAAAUAAAAAAAAUGUAUAUUUUCAUUGUUA